AUGAGCACCACCUACCAGCAGGUGCCGGCCGCCUACGACAGCCAUGCCCUGCGAUCAUACACGUCGGCAAUUGUCCACCCCAGCAGGCCAAAGACCGUGGCCGUGCCUGGCCUCAACGAUGCUCGCCAGUAUGGCCGAUAUCCUGCAGUCCAGCAAAACCAGCACCAGCACCAGCACCAAUACCAGCACCAGAUUCCCGUCUCGCAGGCUCUGCACGCACCGCUGCACAGCACUCCCUCUGAUCGAUCCGCGAAAUCAACGCCAGCCUCGGUGGUUUCUGCCAAGGAUGCUGCCUCGUCACGGAGGAGCUCCGAGGCGCUCAUCUACCACAGUCUCCAGAUCCCGAGAUGCAUCAGCCCCAGCGGCGGCAGCUUGGCGGAUUUUGCAGCUCAGAUGACGUGCCUCUUUUGGUUCGAACCUCAUGACCAUCUCAGAAAGGCCGAGAGCAUGAAAUCACGGCCAAAUGUACUUCCCUCUCGUCUGGUGGAUCUGGCCAAGCCAAGCUCGCAGUUUCGAAAAUGGGUCUACAACGUCUUGUCCACCACCCAGGUGACACAAAACGUAAUCCUGCUAGCUCUGCUCUUCAUCUAUCGACUCAAGUGUUCGACACCACAGAUCAAGGGGCGAGGAGGCAGCGAGUACCGAUUGCUGACUGUCUCUCUCAUGCUUGGCAAUAAAUUCCUCGACGACAACACUUACACAAACAAGACGUGGGCUGAAGUGUCCUGCUUCACCGUCAACGAGAUCCACGUCAUGGAAGUCGAGUUUCUGAGCAACAUGCGAUACAACCUCCUUGCCUCCAAGGACGAGUGGGAGGAGUGGUUGACCAAGCUGGCCUGCUUCCACGACUACUACGAACAGGCCCUCCAUAUCCCGGCAUCGCCGCUGCACGCCGUGUCUCCGUCUUCCAGGAGCUUCCACUCUCCCAUCCCCUCGCCGACCACGACGACGCUGGCAGCCCCUGCCGAUAUGGCCUUUAUGCCCAGCAGCAUCGCACCAAACUUCUCGCCUACGACCUCGAGACACGCUCAGAACUGGGCCAUGUACCACGCCAACCCCGUGUCGCCGCUGGCUGCAAGGCCGACCAUGGUCCUGCCCAUCAACCGAAAGCGCAGCCCCGACGUGGACCCGAUUGAGCACCCUGCCAAGCGACACAUGCGUCAAGCCCAAAGACCCAACAUGGCGGUGCCACCGGUGAUGAAUGCCCGGCCCAAGGACUCGGCCAGGCUUCCUGUCCCGCAUCUCACUCUCGUCACGACGCAGGUCCCCCCCAUCCAGCCACCCGUCUUCCCGGCCUCGGCAACAUCAGCGGCAAUGACCAUGACGCCCAUGACGACGGGAUACGCUCCUCAGUCACCCUAUGCCGCUGCCAGCCAGAACAUGGUUUCACUGCCGCCUAUCCAGCCCGGCGCACGCGCCAUGUCCGCCGUCUAUCAGCCUGCUUCCGCCGCGACGGUACCAGCCUCGACCGGUUUCCCCAACUCGGCGCUCCCCGGCCAGCCAUCGAUGGCCUAUACCACGCCCACCAAGCACCUCACCUCUGCCUACACCUCCUCGCCCAUGGCUGAGAAUCUGUUUGGAACCGCCUCGGGAAUGCACACGCCGAUUGCCCUCACACCAAUCUCCCACUCUCCCAGCGUCUACUUGCAGCAGCGGGCCAGCCCCUACCGACCUAUUCGCCACGUCAACCGGCUACUCUACCCACCGCCGUCGGCAUCGCUGGAUCAAUAUCACUUGGCGGUCCCCGUCCAGCCUACGCAGAUGCACUACCAGCCUCUUGGUCGACGAAACGAUUUACGCACCGGUGUGGUGCCCGAGUUUGUCGUGUACAACAGAGGCCAGCAAUCCCUUCCGCAGAAUGGAGUGCAAGGAGCGUAU